AUGGCAUUUUACAUCAAAGGUCCAGACUUUGCAGCACUGAAGAUAGAUACUUUUAGGUUAACUCCUCAAGAUCAGAAACUCACAUUCGGCCAACAAACUGUUGUUACAGAGUGUAUCGAUUUUUCUGGACAUAAGUUUGGGUUUUCAUUUUUUGAUUAUGAAAACAUUUUAUCAUUCGGCCAUCCUCAAGAUAAAUCUGUUGAUGUUAUGGGUUUAGUUGCCGCAGUUGCUGAGCUACAACGACAUGAUCCAGAUAAAUCUAAACACAAGAUCAACAUCAACAUCCAAGAUGCAAAAGGCUUGCAACUUCAUGUCUAUUUGUGGGGCGAUUAUGCGUACAAGAUGCAAGAGUAUAUACAUAACAAUCCACAUAAUCGUCGUAUCGUUGUUAUUCUUCAAUUUGGUCAGAUUAAUGUUUUCAGAGAUCGUCCAAGUGUAAACACAUACUUUACCUCUUCAAAGUUGUUCAUUAACUCUCACAUAGAUGAAAUUAUUCGUUUCAACAAAAGUUUGGAUGGAGAUGAUGGUCCAGAUUCAUCGACAAAUACAUUUUCAGUUAUUCCAUCAAAACAACUUUCUGAAUAUGAUGAUUUCAUGAUAAAAAAUAAAGUGAAUGCUAUCUCUGAGGUUUGGGAACCUGUUGAGAAUAAAACAUGGUAUUAUAAAGCAUGUACCAACUGUUUUGGGAAAGCAGUUCCAUCUGAUGGAAGUGAUGAUCGACAACCCACAUCUUAUCGUGGAGAUAGUCUUGAUUUCUAUCCGGAUGAGAUAAAUGCAUUGAAAGGUUUGAAAUUGGCCUUUAAAGUUUCUGUUACAAAUUUCAAUGUGUCCAAAAAAAACAACCAGUAUGGUAUUGCUAGAAUCAGUGAGGAUGCGAGUAUAAUAGAACAACUUCAAACAAAGUUGAACGAUUCACAGCCUUCUAACGAACAAUCGUUAGAUUUUGGUUCAGCCGAUUUGCAAUCUCAAGAUAUCAAAAAUGCAAAGGAUGCAAUUUCUGGAACGGAUGAUAACAUUACUCCUUCCACUCUUGACAAAAACGAAACAACAAGCCCGAUGAAGACUUUAACGACAACACCAAUCUUAAAGAGAAAUCUGAAAGAAGUUUUAGAUCUGGAGUGUAAUGAUCACUUAUCGUCAACAAAAACUCCAAAAAUAUCUCCAGAUGGUCCAACAAAACAGUUGUUGAAGGUAAAGUUGAAGAAAAAUGAUUGA